CUACCUGGCCGUCCACUGAGAUGAGUGAAAGGGGAAACCGAGCCAAACGCCGGCGUGUUUUAUCGCUGUCCAAGAACAAGAACGGAGGGAACGCGAAGAGAGAUGAGGGCAGUGCGGCGACGCCUUCGAUCGCCUCGUUCUUCGGUGGCGCCCCUCCGCCGAAGCUCGCCUGCCCCCUGUGCGGCCAGCUGGUACCCAGGUACGGAAUCAACGAGCACAUUGAUCUGCAGUGUGCAAACUUUGAUAGAGGCGACAAAGCUGCUGCCUCGGCAGGCGGCAGUGUCGCGCCACGCGUGCCCUUGCCACCCCAGGAUAGCCCAAUCAAAUCCCCAGAUCGGGAUCCAUCGUCGGCCCAACGUGAAGAUGCCAAAACCAGCCCGUAUUUCAAAAAGCGUAAUUCUCAAGCGGUGCCUCGGGAGAUGGGUAGUGGGUCUGUGGUCAGAACGGUUGACCUGGGGAAGCUCUCCUCCAAGCUUUCAACAAGACGCCGUAGAAGUCUCGAUGGGACGCAGACGCUGGAUAAGCAUGUCCCCCAUCGUACAGAGGAGGAGGGCUGCGAGGCUCUCGGCAGCUCUCAGAAGGAGAAUAAUGAGCUUGAGAGUCUUGAUGCUAAGGGGGACCGUUUCCUCGUUGCUGCCUUGACAGCGGAUGUGCUUGAGGACGGGACUCCCAGGAAAUUGGCAGAUCCGUUGCGUCGAGAGAGAGGGGAGAGUCUUGAAUGUGAAUCAGCCAAAUCGGAGACCAUCAACCCAGUGCUUUCUCCUAAGUUACUCUCUCCCUCUUUCAAACCAAAAAUUGGGGGAAAGGGAGAAGCUUCUGAAGACAGUUCGUCUACUUUAAGAAAGAGAGCAAGAUAUGAUGAGAGAGGAAAGGAGCAAGAGGAGGUUGACAUUAGUGGAGGUCUUGCAGAGACUGUUGAUAAAAACCAGCAUAGUUUUAAGGAAACUUCCACAGCCUUGUGCAGCACCCCUUGGAAUCAAAGCUUGAAGGUGCAUGAGGGAAGCACUUCAGCGUUUGACAGUUCUAAACAGAUGGAAUCUGGUGCUUCUAAUGCUAUCAAGGAUACACAAAACUAUCACCCCCCCACAUUGCCCUACUACCUCCGUAACUUCCAGUCAGUGCUAAAGGCUGUGCUGGAGAAUGAGGAUGAUAGCAUGCUGUUCAACCAAGAAGAUCUUGCAUACAUACGCACCUUUGAAAAGCUUUCAGUCAGUGGACGGAAGCUCUAUGUGAGACUCUUUCAGAGGAAACUGAAAUGGCUUCAAGUGAAUAAACUUGAUUAUGAAGAAAUAUGCAGUGAGUUAGGACCUGUUGCUCAAGAGCUGGUUGAGGGUGGCUUUCUACAGUCAGAGCAGGAUCUCCAGGACUUGAGAGAGGCUCUGGAACUACUGCCUGCUCCAGAACUCAAAGGUCUGGCUAAGACAUUCCAUCUAGGUGGUUCUGGGACUCAGAAACAGCAGCUAGUGGAUGGGCUCCUUCGUUUAAGCAGGCAGAAGUCCCUGUUCGCUGUAACUUCGGGUCAAAACAGCAUAGGGGCUGUUAUCCUCAAAAGAGCAAAGCGGGUUGCCGGUUCCUGCGUGCGUCUGUCCCGCGUCCCCCGAGCUGUCUUCUCUCGUGUCCUUUUACUCUUCUCACUGACAGACUCUGUGGAGGAGGAGGAGAUGGCAGCAGGUGGCCAGGGACAGCUCUACACAAUCCUGCUGGUUAACUCGGGCCGUUUGGCCUUCCCCGAUUACACAGUGCAACGUUGUGCCAAGCUGUUCCAAGACAGAGAGGAUCUUAUUAGGUAUGAGGCAGCCAUGCGAACCCUGCAGGAGGUUAUCACAGCCAUGCAGGCAGGCCUGUGGGAAGAUGCCCUGGAGUUAUACACCGCUGCCAAAACUGCCUGGCAAGAGCUGAGGAAGAUAUAUGACUUUAGACACCAGGAGGGGCUGCCUGUGUUUCUCCGCUGCUUCACUUCUGGAUGGGCCUACACUCGUAUCCGGUCUAGGGGAGUGGAGAUCCUGCAGAGGCUGCGCCGCUACCAGGACGCAGUAGAGGAAUUGCAGUCCCUCCUGGCUCAAUCAGUUUACUGUCCUGACAGCCGGGGGCGAUGGUGGGACAGGCUGGCAUUAAACCUUCAUCAGCACCUCAAAAAACCUGAGCAGGCUAUUUGUGCUAUCAGAGAUGGGCUUUCAGAUCCUCUUGUGCGAACCGGUCAUCAGUUGUCUCUCCACCAGAGGGCAGUCAGGAUGAAGGAGUCCCCCAGCUUCAAGAAAUACCAUCUGCAACUCAGAGAUCUGCCUGCCAUCCACAUCCAAGAUGUCACACAUGUGACUAUCCGAGGACAACUGUUCCCUCAUGAGGGAGGCAUGGGGAAGUCUGUUUUCCUUAUGCCAGCAAAUGAGGAAACAGGAGAGAGUGGUAAUGCCACCAUAAUGUGCUCUGUGGAAGAAUUGGCACUAGCACACUACCGCCAGCUGGGUUUUGACCAAGGGAUACACGGAGAAGGUUCCACAUUCUCCACUUUGUUCGGCCUUCUGUUGUGGGAUAUCAUUUUCAUGGAGGAUAUUCCAGAUGUUUUCCGAAACCCCUAUCAGACCUCUCCGCUGGACCUUUUCACCGACUGUUUCUAUGAGAACAGGAGAGAGGCGAUUGACACCUGUGUGCAGGUACUUGGUGAGGCUUCCACGGAGACGCUGCACGACAUGUUGGAGGCUGUCUGGACGUCCCAGGAGGGCAAAGUGUGUUCGCUGGUCAACUGGAAAUGCUUUUCUUCACUGCAACAGGCACAGAGUCUAGUGUCAUGCCUGGGUGGAACCUUUUUAGGAGCAAUAAUCACACGUAUGGCCAAAGACUAUAGACACUGCCGAGGAGGUUUACCUGACCUGCUGGUGUGGAGCACCUCCAACAACAUCUAUAAGUUGGUAGAGGUGAAGGGGCCAAAUGAUCGGCUGUCCCAGAAGCAGCAGAUCUGGCUGGAUGAGCUGCAGAAACUAGGAGCCGAUGUGGAAGUCUGUCACGUCACCGCUGUUGGAGCGAGAGGAACUUAUGUGGAAUAGAGGGAAAACCCCACAACUGGCGACGUGGAUUUGCUCUUGAUAAAGCGGGGUGUUUGAUCAAAAUGAUGAACGCAUCAGCAGAAAGACUGUUUUGGGAGAAGGCUUCACGGUGAAGAUGAACUUGGGUACUUACCACCGGUUUACUUGGAUCAAUGAGUAAGGCUAUUGUCCAUCACUACUGUAAUUGACCAAAUUGGUCCUCUAAAUGAAUGACGGUAUAAGAACACAUUAUUUCAAAUGCUGCAUUUAACUCUUCUACACACUCGAACGUGACCGUGUCAGGUUAUAUGAAAGGCACCCGUAAUACGGCUGACGUUCUGCAAAGUGAUGCGUCUUCAUCAACCUCGAAAGCAACGGCUUCCAGUGGAACAGGUGCAUCGUAGGCUGAAGCUCAGUGAGAGGUAACCAGAGUCGAAGCGGUUACACUAGACGGGAGCCACCCCGUUGCUCAAGUUCACUUUGACGACAAAGGCUGUUCUGGAAUCAUCCAGUGGCUCAAUGAUACUGUCACAUGAGUUAUUACCAGGUCCACACAUGCUGUUGUGUCUGGGUUUUGUUUAACGCCGCUGUCAUGUAGAAAGUUACCAAACGCUUCCAUCUGGUUUUAAGGAUCUAAAUCUGGGCUAUUUUUCCCCUGUGAAAGGUUGACAAUGUAACACAAAACGCUUUAAUGGGAACUUGGACAGUACAUCUGUAAAACUGAUUUACAGCCACAGACAUUAAUGAAUAAA